UGACGCACCGCCCCUCCUCCCCCGGCUCCUCCUCCUCCUCCUCCUCCUCCUCCUCCUCCAUCUCUCCAUCUCUCCAUCUCUCCUCUCCUCUCCAGGCGGCAGGAUGGACGUCGUAAAUCAGCUCGUAGCCCAGGGUCAGUUCCGGAUCCUGAAGGUUCCUCUGGGCUUCAUCAAGGUCCUGCAGUGGUUCUUCGCCAUCUUCGCCUUCUCCACCUGUGGCAGUUACUCUGGGAUGUUCAAGAUGGCGGUGGAGUGUAGGAACCGGACGGAGAGCGACCUCGCCAUACAAGUGGAGUUCGAGUAUCCGUUCAGACUCCACCAGGUGUACUUCGACGCCCCCACCUGUAAGGACAGGGCCACGGACCGGAUCUUCCUGGUCGGAGACUACUCUUCCUCCGCCGAGUUCUUCGUCACCAUCGGCGUCUUCGCCUUCCUCUACUCCACCGCGGCUCUCAGCAUUUACGUCUUCUUCUACGACAAGUACAAGGAGAACAACAAAGGCCCGCUGAUCGACCUGGGAGUGACGGCGGUGUUUGCCUUCAUGUGGCUGGUGAGUUCGGCGGCUUGGGCCAAAGGUCUGUCCGACGUGAAGACGGCGACCGAUCCGGAUGAGGUCAUCACUUUGAUUGACGCCUGUGAGAAGAAGGAGAACUCCUGCCGAGAAGUCCACGACCCGGUCAUGUCCGGACUCAACACCUCCGUGGCGUUCGGUUUCAUCAAUCUGGUCCUGUGGGCCGGAAACCUCUGGUUCGUCUUCAAGGAGACGGGCAUCAUCGCCCCGUUCAUGCGAGCUCCGCCUCCUGAGGGCAAACCUGCGCCCGAAGCCUACGCCCAGCAGGGGGCGUACGAACAAGACCCGUACGCCAGCAACCAGGGAGGGUACCAGCCCGAGUUCAACCAGCAAGGAUACAACCAGGAGGCUGAGUACGGUCAAGGCUACGGCCAGCAGGGGGCGCCCACCUCCUUCUCCAAUCAGAUGUGAGGCGACAGGAAGCAGGAAGUGCCGGAGUGAACCAGCAGUGGGUCGCCUGCAACCUACCCACAAUGCAACACUCCAGCCUGCCUGCAACAUUACUGGGCGGGGUUGGGAUAAAUGUUCACUGCUGUGAAUCAGUGUGUAAAUGACGAAAAGAGAAUCUAAAUGAGAAACCCACAACUAGACCAAGCAGUGCUGAGUAGAACCCAGAGGUUCUGGUUGAUCUUCAUGUUCGGGUCUGUAUCUGUGGACAGAAUGUAUGUUUGUGUUGUAUAGAUAUCACUUAUGAACAGAUAUAUAAUCUCAACCCUUUCUUCUCGCUUCCUAUUGGACCCUGGGAUUUCUUGUUGCAAUAAACCCCGCCCCCAAAAACCA